CCACCCCGCCGCCGCGCGCUCAGCUGCGGAAAGAGACCGGCAAUCUUGAUACGAGAUGGUGCAGAUGAAAAUCCGCUCAAGCUGGAUUCCUCGUCUCUUUAACUUCGCCACCUCUCUUGCCUCAGCCCGCCGCUUCUCCUCUACAGCUCGACCACUUCUCGAUGCAUCUGGCACACGACGCAGGAGGCCAUCAGCUCUUGUUCCACAUGAUUCUGCAAGCUUUCCUCCAGCCGUUUCACCUAGCCGUCGUGUUUCCCGAUUUCCUCAUCGAUACCAGUACAUGACCAGCAGCAGUGGAGUACAAGGCGAGGACUUGCGUAAACCCCCUUCUGCGAAGAAUUUUAUUAUUUCUCUGGCCAAGCACUCUGAAAAUACCCAAGGCAUGGAAAACGUAGAGACUGCUGACACAACCAAGGUCAUUACACGUUAUAGUUAUCUCCCUCCUGCCAGUGUUGUUGAAGAUGAGAGGAGAGCAAGCAGGAAUGUCGUUUUUGGUGAUGAGGAUGCUUAUAGGAAAACCUUGGAGGUCAUGGAUAGCAAACCUGAUACAUCAGAAGAAAUUGUGGACAUAUCGGGUUAUGAGCUGAGCAGUGUGGAUAAGGAGAGCUGGGCUGUGGAGGUACCUGAUUACCCCAUGGAAGAUGUACCCACUAUAGAUAUUUUGCCAAAUAGCAGCCAUCGUGAUGGUUCCAUAUACAGCGGCACACAAGACUGGAAAAGAAGUUAUCAUAUUGCUGAUCGCAAUGAGACUCGGCUGGAGGCAAUGAUGUUUUCAGAUCCCACAGAUUGCUUCAUGUACGACGGAGAAUGUGCGUCACACUCAAGUCGUCACAUGUUCCAAAUUUUGUCAUUAAGGUUGGCUAAAAUUCCUGUGGAGCAUGACUCAGUCCAGUUGUAUGGAUACAUAGCAGUACGGGAUUAUCCAGAUACAUCACUUAAUUAUAUCGUCAAUGUUAGCAAGGAUGAUCCCAUCAUCGUGGAGCAGGGUUCUCUCAUCAACAUGGCUGGCCCUAAGCGAGGGAUCCAAUUUAUCAGUCCUGUUCUGAUUGAAUAUGACAUGAAGAUCAAGACAGGUGAACACGGGAAAGAAGAUCUACAGCUGAUCGAUGGUGUAUCACACUUAGAUCCCUUAGAAACAAGUGACUGCAGCCCAUUCACACUUCGCAUCCAAGGCGAUUGUGGUGCAAUUGACAUAGGUGCAUCACGUCUUAGCUUUUCAGUUGAGGCGACAAUAGAAGUUGUCAUAUCACAAGUGCAAACCAGUUUCAGUAUGCAUCUCGGUUGUUUUACCAGUGGGUUACAUGAGGAAAUCCGGCUCUUUGAUGGUUCUAUUGGCGAGUCAUGUGGCUUAAAGAGGUCUGUGGUUGCUGUACAGAAGCAUGCUCAGAUGGAACUGAAGUUCAAGGUAGCUGUAGACCCAUGCAUCCCUGCUGAAUAUUGCUGUUCCUUCGAGGCAAACAAGCAUGGGCGUGCUACUCAAGAGAUAAAGACGGGGUUUGCAUUAAUCGCAGUGAAAGUGACUUGGUCUACUUUGGAAGAAUUGUAACAACCUUAGACUGAACUUUUCAAAAAUAAAAUGUUGGGUCUAUGAUGAAUGGGCCAGUAGUAGGCCAAGAAGCUAGGGCAGUUUAGUGUUGCUGGCCUGUGGUGGCACCCAAACACUCUACUAAUAAUGUUAUAUCUGCCUGAGAUUUAGAUCAGCUUGUAAUCAAACCAGUGUAAUAAGUAAACGUUUCAGCUGUCCACUUACAUAUCCAGUCCACGAUAAUGCCACGCUCCGGUAUUUGCUUUAACCGGUAUUUGCUUUAA